AUGGAGGAUGAUCCUGGGUGGCUACUUCAUAAAGGAGUUAUCUGUAUAGUGGACAAGGUGGUUGAAAGUUCUAAGUUUGCGAUAGGGGUGAAGCCGAAGAAGAUGGUGUGCAUGGCCGCUGGUAUGGAGAAUGGAAAGCAUGAGGUCCGGGUACAGGUUGUUACUGGGAAGUUUGUCCUUGGGGAGGCUGUUUCUACCAUGGAGCAUACUCAGGCGAUGCACGCUACGUUAAAAGUUUUCAUGGAGAUAGACUUUGCCUCCUACCCUCACUUGGGUGAGCUGAACAUGACAUGCCUUCACCAGUUGUGUGAUAACUCUGACGUUGAGGAUAGUCAAGUCGAAGGUGGCUCUUCUAAUGUUGGUGCUUCCCCUACACGGAUGAUCAGUCCGUUUUUGUUCGCCGUUUGUACGAAAGUAGUUAUCGGGGGUUCGAUAGUUGAUGCCAUUCUACAUCUAGGUCUUGUACUAGCUAGUUGGGGUGUGAUUAUCCGGAAGGAGUUUGAUCACAUAGCCCUUUCUCCUGAUUCCUUCCAAGCUAGGACCAUUGGCUUGGGCCCUAGGGCUCUUAGGUCAUCGAGGUUCUCUGAUGUUUGUAUUUGCAUGAAUGGAUGCUUCUGGGACAAUCAUCCUUUGGAAUACGAUUUUCAGUCUCUCCCAUUCUCUGGUGUCGAUUGUUUGGUUCCUUCUCCAUCAUGGUGGGAGUUGCUUGAAACAGUGUUGGUAAAGGAUAUUGGUGCUGCUACCUCCUUCGACCAAGGCUCACCAGGUCUUCUGUUGUAUGACUGUGGAGGGGAUUAUGAUUGGAUAUGUUGGUCCUAG